UAAAGUGCUGAUUGGUUGCCACUGGACAUAAUUGAAACGGAAUAGGAAGACGGUAGCAAAUCCUUCAGGACAAGGUUUUUAAAACAAAAACAGAGUUGCAAUCUUGGCAGAACUGGACAAAGAGAAAAGAAAAUUACUUAUGCUGAACCAGUCUUCAACAAAUCAUCCUGGAGCUAGCAUCGCACUCUCCAGACCUGCUCUGAAUAAGGACUUCCGGGAUCAUGCUGAGCCAGAGCACGUAGCAGCCCAGCAGAAGGCAGCUUGGCAGCAUGCUCAUGCACAUUCAUCUGGACACUUCAUAACUCAAGACUCUGCAUUUGGGAACCUUAUUCUUCCAGAUUUACCUCGCCUUGACCCAGGGUGA